CGGCGGACAAUCAGUGCCCCGAUUGAGUAAGCAUAUAAAAGACAAGGCGGACGUUCGAGUCGGCAGUUCUGUCUUUGCACAAACAACACCAUGGCGCGUCUCGCCCUUCUCGUCGUCGCCGUUGUGGCGAUGGCCGCCGGCGCCACAGCCUGGUUCCAUUCAGGCACUGUCCAGAACAAGUUCAUUGUGACGUACAGCAUCAUCCCCGACCCGUUCCACAAGCUGAGCUUCUUCACGAUGCCCCGGACCCUGAAGGAGGCUCAGAAGGACCGCUGGCUCUUCAGUGAUGACAGGCCGCAGGACAACACGACCGUUUACUGCCGCUGGGGCGACUACCGCGUCUGCGUGCUCUUCGACCUCCAGGGCAGCGUGGCCGGCAUCCGCUUGUCGGUUGAGAAAGGCGAGAUCGACGCUGCUGGCUUCGACCUUCAAAACGUUCCAGAGUGGGAGUUGAACUGGAACCCAACGGACCUCGAUGUCGUUUACUCUGCCACCGUGUUCUUCCAGUCUAAGGAGGAGCUUCUUGCCGGUGGUCGCACUCUGAGCAAGGAUGAUCUCACCGCCCCGAACGGCAUUUACAUCCUGCAGACCGACAUCAACGGCACCGAGACGAACCGACUCCACGUCGCCACCCACCAGUCCAAGGCCGAGUCUGCUGGCUUCACUGAGCAGUCCUGCUUCUUCGGCAUGGGCAAGCACUACUUCCAGGAGCUCCGCAAGGACGGCAAGUGCGAGGACCACCGCCCCUACUUCCUGCUGUACGGCCCCGACACCCAGGAGCUCAACGGCUUCGGCUUUGUCCAGUACGGCAAGGUCAGCACCGACGGCCGCGGGUGGUUCGAGUCUCCGCCAGCGAUGGUGGCCAAGAAAAUCGCACCGAACUCCCCCGCAUGCUUGGAGGAUUGGGUCAACACCUACGGCCUGUUCACCAUGCACGUCUACUUCGUGUCCGACCCCUACUACACUUCCUGCUAAGAUGCCAAUGUUAUGUUGAGCCGAAGUCAUUUGCAAUAAAUUAUGCUCCAAACCAUAA